AUGGGCACUCGCGGACUCCUGGCGUUCAUCAUCCGCGGCCGCAAAAAGGGAACCUACAACCACUCCGACUCGUACCCCGAGGGCCUGGGAAAGAAGCUUGUCAGCUUCAUCAAGAGUCUCAACAGCGCCCAAAUUCAGCAAAUGAUUGAGAAUCUCGAGAAAAUUGAGUGGGUCAAGAUGAAUGAUCCCGUCCCCCAGGACCUUGCAAACCGCUACGCCGCCGCCGGCUUCACGGAUCGCAAUCUAGGCCGCUUCGACGAUUGGUACACGACGCUCCGCUGGGUGCAAGAUGGUGGUUGUCUGCAGGCCAUUCUGGAGGGGACGCUGUCGCAUCUCAUUGACUAUACCAACUUCGAGAAUGAUCGGACGUUUUGUGAGUGGAUUUACGUUCUGGAUUGGGAGAAGCGCGAGCUGGAAGUCGUCGAUCAUUACCAUGGUAUCGUUCGGGAGAAGCGAUCAUUUGCUGAGGUGAGUGAGGAGUGGAUGGAUGUGAUGCAGAAAAAAGUGUAUGACCCUCAAGUUGAUGAAGACGGCAAUGAUUUGGGAGAGGACAUUGAUCGCGGCUCGGGCAGCGAUUAG